CCUCGUCGCGCUUAAGAUAAACGGACUCCCAUAUCUCAACCCGUGGCAGCUGCCGGGAAACGGCAUGGACGCCUUUCGACUGGCAAAAGAAGCGACGCUGAGGGCGUUGGAUACCCCAGUGAAGAAGCGAGGGUGGACAGGGAGCGCGGCAGCUACCAAGGCCGAUGAUGGCACAAGCGGUUUGCCCGAGGCUGUACACCGGGGGGUUCGCGUGGUGAAAGUGCGGGCGCAACGUGGACAGAUGGUUGAUUCUAGAGGCGUGGUGCGGAGCAGGCUAUGAGGCAUGGACACGUGUUGGGGCUUGCGCCAAGGAUGGGCGGGUGGCGUGUUUUCAAGAUUGUUCCAUUGUGUGGCAUGGAGAUGAGUUGUAUGGGCAAUGCUUGGGGUUGGUUGUGUCCGGGCUCGGCAGUGUCCAAUCGCCGAAGGCCAUAGGUGCUACGCUCCGUCUGUAGUGAGGUUCCAAGCUUUUUGUCCGCAUGCCCGUCACCCUGUGCAGACGUACAAACAGCUUGCGGUUUGACUACAGAGGGAGCAGAACCUACCUAGACCUUCAGCGAUGCCACUGCCCUAUCUGCCACAAAACAGACGUUUGAAAGAUUGCAAUAUCUGCAGGUACCAGAGUCAGCGAAAAAAUUGACACCCCGAGUAUAUAGUCUAGUGACAAGACCGACGCCAACCAGCGGAGCCCACCGGUAUUCGUUCGUUGUGGGCCUGAAUCGCAAAGGUGUCACACUUGUUCGCUGAAUGUCUUAGAUGUUUGCUCGCUACACCUUACCGAAUGUAAAUGAAUGUAGUGAGAAGCAUUCUCUCAAGGCUGUUCGGUGUUCGGUGUACCGACUACUGUAAAUUGUGUUGUUGUUUUCAGGCGUGGCGUUUUGCUGUAGGCUGUUGGCAAUGAUUUCACCCGACCGGUAGACAUGUUUUGGGAGGAUCAGGGAUUUUUGUGUUUUGUUGCCUUUUCCUACUCUUAUAUGGAUGUCCUUUUCGAGUUGCUUGUAUUUUUUUUUGCAACGAGCAUUGGGUUUUGCUCUCAGUCCGUUGGGUGUUCGUGGUUACGCUGUCAAGGCGGACAUCGCUUCUUUGCCUUCAUGUUUCAGGAAGAGGAGGUGUUCAUGACGAAAGAUAUGAACACCUCUCUCUCGCUUCAAACGAAGUACUGUAGAUACAGGCGCAUACAUCUGCGUUCCUUUUUUUGUGCGUGCCUGCCGUUACUAAAUUUCUAACAAUUUGAACAUUUGAACGGACAACAAUCUCUUUCAGUGC